AUGUCUGUCCCUCAGUUCUGGUCGACUCCCCUCCGCUACCUCCGCUGGGCCUCCCACGAGAGACCUGCCAUCUUCUACUCCAUCGUUGUGGGUUCCAUGGGCCCCGUCUUCCUGGUCGGCCUGCCGCCGAUCAGACGCGCCCUGGGCGAUGUUGACCCGGAGCCCAUCCCAUUGACCUACCCCAUUCCCGCCGGACCCCGGACAUUCCCCAAGGGUUACGAUGACGAGUAA